ACUGUGUUGGCCUGACCUGUGUUGGCCUGAACUGUGUUGGCCUGACCUGUGUUGGCCUGAACCAGAAGCAACUGCGAGAUAUGGCAAACAAGGCAGCCUAUGGGGCGCUCUUCGCCUUGUUAUUUCUCUCGGCUAUUUCCGUCACUGUCAUCUGUAUAAUUGGGAGGGACGGCCUCGCCCACCACGAGAGCUUCCCCUUCUGGCAGAGGACGAUCGUGUACCAGGUCUACCCACGGUCCCUCGGCGACUCCGACGGCGACGGCGCCGGCGACCUGCGGGGCAUCAGCAGCAAGGCCGACUACCUGCACGGCCUGGGUGUCGGCACGGUGUGGCUGAGCCCGGUGUACCCGUCCCCGAUGGCCGACUUCGGGUACGACAUCGCCGACUUCGUGGGCAUCGACCCGCUCUUCGGGACCAUGGCCGACUUCGAGGAGCUGCGGGCGGCGCUGCACGACAGGGGCCUGAAGCUGAUGAUGGACUUCGUGCCGAACCACAGCAGCGACGAGCACCAGUGGUUCGCCAAGUCCAAGCGGCGGGAGGAACCCUACACGGACUACUACGUCUGGGCGGAUCCGAAGGGCUUCAACGAGACCGGCCAGCCCAUCCCGCCCAACAACUGGCUGAGUGUCUUCCGAGGGUCGGCGUGGACUUGGGUGGAAGAAAGGCAGCAGUUCUAUUACCACCAGUUUUUGGCCAAACAACCCGACCUGAACUACCGAAACGAGCGAGUGAGAGAGGAAAUGAAGAACGUGCUACGGUUUUGGCUCGACAAGGGCGUGGACGGUUUUCGGGUGGACGCUAUAACACACCUGUUCGAAGUUCAAG